AUGGACUCGCUACGCUCGCUUCCCGCGCAUCCGCCUAUUCGUAGCAGCAAAGAACGAGAAAAAGGUUUGCGGCGGCUACGAGUUAUUGCAUGUGGCAUCGAAAUUGACAUCCCUGCAGAGGGUGAAACUUCAGUGAGGGCACUUAUGCGAGCCGUCGUUUCGUUGGCAUUUCCCGACCGCCGCUCUCAUGGAACACAUUGUUGCCUUUUCCAUGGCGACAGAGCGCUACCGGAGUCAACACGAGUAGCUGAAUUGCCUCCCAAUGCGGUGUUGCAUCUUCAUUUUGUUGCAGAUGGACUCGGCACGGGAAUCACUCGUUCUGAGGAGCGGGAUGCGGUGCCGUACACACACACUGUCCCUGGCGCAAACCGUGGCAUUCUCCGUCAUUCCGCCUCACCUGUGAUGCUCUCACCACUUGACACAAUACAACUGCAGCAGCGUGGAGGUUCUUAUGAUGGGCCGCGUAUGCCAAAUCGCAUUAGUAGUGGCCCCAGUAGCACUUCACCAAUGCCAAACCCUUUGCGUAGGUAUGGACAGUGGCAACAACGGAAUAUAGGUCUUACGGCAUCCGCUACAAUGAUGGGGAGUUCCACUGAUGCAGGGACGGGAAGCCGUGCAACACUUCCUCUGCCUAUGGGUUCUUACCCACGCUUGCGAAGGGAAUACCAAACAACAAGCCCCGCAAGGGACCAAUUGACCACAGAUGGAAGCAGAAUUAGUAUCACUGUCAUGCUCUUAAAGCGAAACACAACUGAGGAUAAGGAUAACGCCAAGGGGGAUGACCAACAGGCGACAUCAGUCACGUCGCUUGAGUGUGGCAGCGGUGGAGCAAGUUCCAGUGACGGAACUGUGGCGUAUCGCCGUCUGCGUGUGGAAAGUGACUAUCCCGUGGGAACACUGCGGGAAUUCUUUGGAAUAACCUCAGAUUAUUGUAUUUACUUGGGUGAAACUGCCAUUAAAGAUGACAGGGCGCCAUUCGGCUCGUUGCAAGGGGUGUCCACGCAAACAUUUAGCUUUCGUCCAUACCCUACCGCUCGUGCAGGCUUGAGUCUUGCAACCACUAGUGUCAACGUGGCGCACACGAACGCGGGGAAGGCGAAAUCUAAAGUCGGUGAAGGCAAAGACAAAACCACCAAAAGCGUUAACAGUAACCUCUUAAGCAGCAGUAGCCCCAGUGGUGUGGGGAAAACCAAGUCGGAGUUGGAUGAAACGAAGGAAAAGGAGAAGGAGAAGGUGGAGGUGGAGGUGGCAGCGGAAAAGGAAAAGGAAAAGGAAACUAGAAGUGAAACUGUAGAAUAUAUGAAGUUGAAUGCAGUACCUGUUACGGAUGUAAAUAGCAUCGGCGACAGCGACGGUGGUGGUGGUGGUGGUGGUGGUGUGAGUAGUGAAGGCCAACAGAAGAAACACAAGAAAUGUGUCACCGCAGAGGGGCCCGAGUCAGUGGGUAAGGCCGGCAACUGUGAAUGUUCAAGUAAUGAUGGCAAUGCAUCAACGGUAGGGGACCCCCUUGAAACAACAAUGCCUUUCGAGUCCCCAUCAAAAGCCACGCGUAGCCGUCUUGCCGCGGAGGCAUUGUUGUCUCAAACCCAUCCGGGACCAUUUUUGGGUAGUGGUGACGCUUUAAGUAAAGCGAGGAGUUUGGUCCGUGCAGAACUCAUGGGAGAACCCCCGUUACAUGAAUUUGGUUCGUUGUCAUUUGGUGCAGGGUUGGGGAGGAGAUUCGGCGGUGGAAGAGUUGAGGCGGGGGGCGUACGUUUGGCUUUGCGACCCCAUUCGUUAGCGCCGUUGGAAACCUCUGGGGAUGUGCGGGGUUGGCGAGAGGAGGGACAAACUCAACAUCAUUACGGAACCGUAACCAUCACGCCACCAACGCCUACGGAACGGGGAACUGUUGUUGUGCCCGUCCCUCCACUACGUCCAGUAGAUGUUUUAGUGGACGAUACCAACGUGAAGGGUCAUCACACAUUGGCACCUUUAAGUGGAGUGUCACAUCCCGUUUCUAUUCUUUCAUCGGGUCUCAUGCAAAGGCAUCGUCGGAAUGUUGUUGGUAGCGGCCCCGUUAUUGUAGAGGAGAAGCAGCAAAACAAUACUGUAAGCCAACAAACCCCACCUUCUGUAGAUCCAACAAAAGAAAAAAAUUAA